AUGUCUGAGGGCAGACUCACGGCACAUGGAUCCUCAAAGGUCUAUGACAUGGAGAAGCUGGCUCGCCAGUUUCGCCUCGCAAGGAAUGGGAAUGCGGUAAUGCUUGUGACCCGCAUCACCGGCCAGGAACCAAUGCACAUCGUUAUCCAAAUGUGUUGCUGGGAGCCGUACCUCGUGUACACCACUGAGACGUGA